UGUGAGAAUUCCCGCAGAAAUUCAGAUGAUGAGCUAGAUGCGGACGAGGAGAACUAAAAGUUAUUAACUCAGAAAACACGAUAAAGAAAAUAGAGAUGGAGCAGCUGAAUGUAACCACUGGAUGAGGAUUCCCCAAUGCGGGUAAUGAAGCGCAUCCAAAAGCAUCUAAUUGGUCAUCUAGAAGAAUGAUAUCAUAUGGACGUUAGCUUCCAUGAAUCCAUGGCAAACCACAGGGUAUUAUGGGAGCUUAUAAAUCUAGACCACCAUCAUCAUGUUCAGAGGCAUGGUUAAAGCGAGUCAGUGACAGCUACUCAUCACUAAGAACUAGGAUUUCUCUGGACACUAGCAUUAAUAAAGAGACGGAACUCAGUGCACUACAACAGGCUUGUUGUGACGAUGACAUUGAUGAGGUUCUACAGUUAAUUGAUGACACAAAUAUUUAUGAGAAGACUGAAAGCGGCGGGCACUCUUUACUACAUCUGUGCUGCAUGGAUGGAGGUUGCAGGAGUGCAGUUCGCUUGUUAGCCAGAGUAGGAACACGCAUCAACAGUCUUAAUGCAAAGGGAUUCGCACCUCUGCAUAUAGCAUGUUUCAAGGGUGAUAUUGAGCUAGUGAGUGACUUGCUAAUCGGUGGAGCUGAUGUGGAACAGAUCAGCUAUGCAUCUAUCACCGCUCUUCACUUAGCAAGCCUAGAAGGCCACGCCCAGGUCGUUGAGCUUCUGCUGAGGUAUGAAGCUAAUCUGUGCACUCAAGAUGUCCUUAUGUUUACUCCGCUCCAUGCUGCAUGUUUCUUUGGUCACGAUCAGGUCGUAAAAUGUUUGAUCAACCACAAUGCAGACAUCAACGUUGGUGGUGGGGUUGGAUUAAGGCCACUUCAUUUAUCAUGCACUCAGGGAUUCUUGACUGUUACAGAGCUGUUGGUAACCGGCAGGAAGAACAACAAAGCUGAUGUAAAUAUUCAAGACAAUGAGAAUAACACGCCACUGCAUUACUGCGCAAGAUCGGGACAUUUACUGAUCCUCGACUAUCUUCUUCACCCUUCCCAUGGUGUCAAAGGUCACGAAGUCAAUAUCUAUGGUGACACUGCUCUGCACAUAGCUUGCUACCAUGGCAAGAUUGAGGUCACCAAGCAGCUCCUACCAAAACUGACUCCAGAGUGCUUUACUAUUGAGAACAUUUUCAGUGAGGCGCCUCUUCACUGUGCUUGUACAUCAGGCCAGAGCAUGGAUUUGGUGAAGUUUCUAACGGAGCAGAAUGGAGUUGAUAUCAACUACCAAGGACGGGACGGACACACAGCAUUACACAGUGCUUGCUACCACGGCAGGCUCCAAUUGGUGCAGUUCCUGAUAGAGCAAGGAGCAAACCUGGAUUUAGCAUGUAAAGAUGAUGUCAUGGCCAGCAAGGCUAAAAAACAGACAUGUCUCGUCUGGGCAAGUGAAAGAGGUCAUGACGAUGUAGUGGUCCUUCUGAAGAAAGCAGCGCAGGAUAGACCAGCCUUAAUCCACAUGAAGACGGUUGACUAACCACGCCAGCUCAGUGUCCUCAGUAAGUAACAACCUAAGACAAAAAUAACUAGCUGUUUAAUUUACAGUGUACAAUGUACUAUCUAUAAAGUUAAGUCAAUUUAUUCAAACAGGGUGCGAUCGGUUUAAAAGCAAUAUUAAUAAUGACAUUUGUUUUAGUGAAUGUCUAUAUAAACUAUCAGUAUUACUAUUAUAUAAAAGAGUUGUCAAUAUAUAUCUAUUGUGAAAAUUGUCACCUAUAAACUCAUAUAGAAUAUACAUAUUUAGAAAGCUGCAGUUUAGAGUUGACGUCAAUACUGAGAUAAAGGUAAUGUAAUAUUCAAAGGACGUGCUGUACUUAAACAAAAAAAGACUUGUAUCCUAGCUUAUCAUAAUGGUCAUUUUUUGUCGCUGUUCCCAUGAAGUGACCUAUCUGUCAAAAAUUGGUUUAACAAUUUGGGGAAAUGGGUUUUUGUGAUGCAAAUUCACUUUGCUCCUAUUAUAUGCUGGCUGAAAGUAUAAACCAUGAACUUGGGAAGCGGUUUGCCAGAGCAUCUUGCAUCUUGCAAUCAGGGAGAUUUUGUCCACCAAUCAGGGAGAUGUUUAGAAUUACAUUCAACAUAAUAGGGACAAAGUUUCCAUAAUUGGGGAGUUCUUUUUAAUUUGUUCAUCAAAACAUGGAAAGAUUACAAAAUUUUAAGGGAACUUUUUGCACACAUCAGAAGAGUUUGCAGCUUUGAAUUGUUUGCUUAGGAGAGAACUGAAAUCUUCCACAACUUUUGGGAAUUUUUUUUAGAUGCAAUUUCAUCAACAAACACUUCUGAAACUGCAAAUAUUCAAUAUUCGUCAGCUUUCUUUGUUUGUGUUGCCUUAGUAACAUGAUGUUAAUUUUUCCAUGAUGUAAUUACAGCAUUCCACCCAUUGUACUGAAAUUGUAUUCUUUUAUUAAUGUUUUGGGAACAAGCUAAAAAUUAUUAUAUACCACACACAUUUCUUUGUCAUUUUGUUUGCUGAAACACGCAUCUUGUGACAUCCAUAAUUUUGCCAUGUAUUUACUGCCAUGAUGCUUAAUAAUUUAACAUUUGAGUCCAAUGUGGAUUGUUGUUGGACGUUUUGUUACUAGUUUUCACGAAUAAUCAGUCCCUGCCCAUUUUGUCCAGACGAGGAAAAGUCAAAGUUGUCUAGAAGACACAAAAAUAAUUAUUGGUUACAAUUUUGUUCCUAUGGUAGAACACUUGUGAUUCAUGUUUUCUUUUACUGCAAACAAAGGCCAGUAUUGUAAUUCCAUUAAAAAAGUUAAAUCAAAUUUUAAUCUGAUCUGUUGUAUCAGAAGUACUUGACAAGCUACAGUACUGGUAAUAUUUUAGUUUAGUAAUAUUGCUUUGAAGAUUAUUUGUUUUUCUGAAAAGUGUAAACAAAGCGUUGAAUUAUUAUUAUGUUUAAAUAGUUGUUAUUUUUUAUUUGUAUGAACUCACUGAUAUUGCUAAUGCAUUGCAAACUAUUUUUUUGUCAGAAAUGUAAAUGGAACAUAUUGCUGCUUAAAUUGGAUUGAACAUUGAGUUGCAAUUGCCAAAGAUUUGGCAAAACAUAAUGAAGAGAAAUCUAGAGUUUUUAUUUAAAGAAAUCCAGGCAGCUGCUUCUACAUAUAACUUUUUGUUUGUUUCAGGUUUUAAGUUUGUUGUCUCAGGAAGUCAGAUAUUAUGUUUCUUCAAAUGUUAAUUACUUGUUUCAAUUUAAAAAAUAAUGUUUUUUUUUAUUAGUAAUCAGAUGACCAAUUUCAGGGCCAAAUUCUUGAGUCAGUCUUUCGAGGGGAAAAUUUGAAUUUUGUUUAGUGUAUCAGAGCAUGGAGGAAAAAUGUUAUUACUAAUUUUUCCUCCAUGAUCAGAGGUAAAUAAAUGGAGUUUCUUGGCCGAGAUGUCUAGUGGGCCAGACUGAAGGUCAUGUGUUGUUAGAGUCAAGGUUCGAGUCCCAACCGUGGACUCCCAAUGACUGGGACUCAAACCCACACUCGGCUGAUUAGAAGCACAAGAGCUUGAGUCUAAUGCUCUGACUCGCCCGGCCAUUACACAACGGGGCCCAAUUUCAGCAGAAACUGCCAAACAAAUUUCUUGGCUAAGCAAACAAAUCAUUGGGGCACCAGUCGUAACAAUGUAAACUUGAUUGAAUACUGACUGGUAAACUGUUUUGCUUAGCAAGGUUUGCCUGUGCUUAGCAGGUUUUUCUGCUUACAUGCUUGAUGAAUUUGGGCUCAGAUGUAUUAAAAGGGCUUGAGAAGCUUGUAAUGGGCUGAUGAAGCAGCGAAUGAGAACUGUGUAGUAAGUAGGAUUUGAAACUUUGUAUGGUGGAAAUACGAUAUGGAAAGGUUUUCGGUAACAGCUUUCUUCAGAGCAU